AUGUGGGCAGAAGCGAGAAAGCAUGAGAAAAAGAUUCGAGGGAUCGUUAUUGACUUGAAAAAACGAGCAGAGAGGAGGAAGGCGUAUUAUGAGGCGAUCAAGGAUGAUCCAGUGUCUUAUUUGCGGAUUCAUGGUCAGUCGAUGAAGGUGCAUCUUGAUCCGAAGAUUUCGGAGCAGGCGAAUGCUUGUAUGAUGCCCUGGCCAGGCUCUACUGAGGAAGAUGACGAGAAAAAAGACGAAAUCGAUAGGUUUGAUGCCCGAGUUCAUCUUGAAGCUAUUCCUAUCAAGAAAAAAAACGACCAAAACUUCGAUAACAAGCUCGAAAAAGACGUGUUAUCAGAAGUGCAAUACGAGCGAUACAGAGAACUCAUCCACAAUGACUUUCGCGGUGUAGACCAGAAAAUGGUCUUGUCAGAAAUUGCUGCGGAAGAGAGUUUUGAAAAAAUGGCUAAGAAGCUUGAUAAAAAACGCGAACAGAGGGCGGCAAUAAAUGUACAAUACAAUCAAGGGGAUAAAAGUAAACCAAAAGAUGGUUCUGAUUCGGACGACUCUGGUUCCGAUAGUGAUCCUGGAAUCGCCUUAUUAGAGGAUGUCAUGAAUCCGACCCUUUUAUCGAGCCAUGAUCAGAGCUCAGUCGACAACAGAGCGAUGGAUUUCGGUAUUGCCCCCGGAAUGUUCAUCCGCUACCUCAGAAAUGACAGACUCUUUCUCGACAGCAAACGACAGAAGCAAAAAGAAGACAUUGAACACGCAAUGUCAGGCGAGAAAAAGUCGAGAAGAGGAAAGCGAAAGAGGAGGGACAAGAAACUCAAAUCGAUUAUCAUUUCCGAAUUGCCGAGUUUUUCCCAACAAAACAAUAUGGAGCUAGAGGAAGGAGAAAUGUCAGACUCAUCGUCCGAUUCUUCAGAAGAAGACAACGAAGGAGAGAACGCGAAAAGGAGCGACAGAGAAGAAAGGAGGAGGAGCGCGAAAGACGGAAAAGAAGAUCAAGGAGUAGAUCGAGAUCGCCAAGAAGAAGAAGACGUAGGUCACGCUCAAGAUCAAGAAGCAGAUCCAGAAGUUAUGAGAGAAGACGGAAGCGAAGCAGAAGUCAUGAUCGUCGCCGUCGAGAUCGAUCUAGAAGCCGGGAUCGAUCAAGAAGUCGCGAUCGCCGCCGUAGAAGAUCACGAUCCCGAUCUCGUUCCGCCUCUCGAGAGCGUAAACGAUCAAGACAUCAAGAAAAGCCAGAUCGAAAGCGGACAAAGACUCGUUCCCAGAGUCCCGUUCCUUCUCCGCCACCGCGGGCGAGAACUCCGCCGACGCCGAAAAGAAAAUACAGUUCUCCUUCGUCCAGCUCUUCCUCCUCGUCUGACUCUUCAGACAGCGAUGAUGGUGUUCGACGACCGGGACAAGCUCCAGGUCGAACCAGUUCAAGCCAUGUCUCAAGCGGAAAGAAUCAAGAUGAUGAUCAAGAAUCGACUGGAAACAACUCACGAAACAGAAAAGGUGACCCGAGUUCUGAAAAAGGAAGAAGCUGAGGAGCAAAAACUCGAGCGUCAACGAGAGUGGCGUCGGCAGCUUCGAAAACAGAAGGAACGUGGCCACAUUGAUGUCGAUGUAGACAAGUUUACGAACGAGCAAAUGGAGCGAAUGAUCUUUCACAAAGACUACAACCCUCUCAAGAAACGAGAGGACGAUGAAGGCGACGGAGCCGAAUCCAUGUCCGAUGAUGAAUCCGCCGCCGAAGCAGCCAAACGACGUGCAGAACUACGAGCUCGUUUCAACGCUGCCUAA